UACACUUUCUUUUGUCUCUGCAACUACAAUAAUGAAAGCUCAAUAGAAACUGCUUACUACUGCUACUAUCCCAUUACUAUCUCUAUUGAUUCUUAUGCUUUUUCACUUCUCUUUCUCUAACUCUUUAAAUUUCUCAUCUUUCUUUUCACUCCUUCCUCCUAUACACGUACAUGUAUUGCUGACAUACUCUGUUAUUUUUUAUUCGGUGCUCUUUUCGACUUCAGGACUUUUCUUUUCCAACUCUUCCUCUCCUUUCACCUUCUUUUAUAGCCUCAGAUAGCUCCACUCUUGCUAGCUUGAUCUUGGUUUUCUGUUUCAUCUUUUAUUACUUUCACUUUCUGCACUGUUUGGUUCUUCAACUUCUUUUUUCUUUUGAAAAUUUAAACCAUUUCUUGAAGUAAACUGAUGCCUAGUGUCAAGGACAUAGAUUUAUCUUCCCAUAAACUUCCCUCUCUUUCUCAGGUUUGGGAAGAGCUAAAGGAGCUAUGGCGUAUGGCUUUACCCGUAACAGCAAUGAACUGGCUGGUUUUCAUCAGAGCCGUGGUUUCAGUCCUUUUCUUGGGAAGACUCGGAAGUUUAGAGCUUGCCGGAGGCGCCCUAUCUAUUGGUUUCACCAACAUCACUGGCUACUCUGUUCUUGUGGGUUUAGCCUCAGGCCUUGAGCCAGUGUGCAGCCAAGCCUAUGGAAACCAAAAAUGGGACGUCCUCUCCCUCUCUCUCCCACGCAUGAUCAUCAUACUUUUCCUAGCCAUCAUCCCCAUCAGCCUCCUAUGGAUAAACCUCGAAAACAUAAUGGUUUUCAUGGGCCAAGAUGAGAAAAUCACAGCAAUGGCUGCAACUUAUACAAUAUACUCCUUACCUGAUCUUUUGACAAACACUUUGUUGCAGCCAUUGAGGGUGUUUUUGAGAUCUCAGCAGGUAACAAAGCCGAUGAUGUGGUGCUCAAUGGUGGCUGUGAUGUUUCAUGUGCCGUUGAACUAUGUGUUGGUGAUAAAAAUGGGGAUGGGGGUGCCAGGGGUGGCAAUGGCAUCAGUAGUGUGUAACUUGAACAUGGUGGUGCUGAUGGUGGGGUAUGUGUGGGUGAGUGGACGGUGGGAGAUGAGAUGGACUGGUGGGAUUGGGGUUUUGUGUGGUGGUAUUGGCCCACUUUUGAAAUUGGCAGUGCCCAGCUGCCUUGGGAUUUGCUUGGAGUGGUGGUGGUAUGAGAUUGUGAUUGUAAUGGCCGGUUACUUGGAGAAUCCCACACUGGCUGUGGCCGCCACUGGGAUUCUCAUUCAGACUACUAGCAUGAUGUACACUCUUCCCAUGGCCCUUGCUGGUUGUGUCUCUGCCCGGGUGGGCAAUGAGCUUGGAGCUGGAAAGCCUUACAAAGCCAAACUUGCAGCAAUGGUGGCAUUGGCGUGUGCCUUCUUCAUAGGCAUUAUAAACGUAAUAUGGACGGUGAUCCUGAGAGACAGAUGGGCUGGUUUAUUCACAAAGGAUGAUCUUGUCAAAGCUUUGGUUGCAUCAGUUUUACCCAUAAUCGGACUGUGUGAGCUGGGCAAUUGCCCACAAACAACUGGCUGUGGCAUCUUACGCGGCACGGCGAGGCCUGUCAUUGGGGCUCAUGUCAACCUGGGCUCGUUUUACUUUGUGGGCACUCCUGUGGCAGUAGGCCUAGCCUUCGGGCUCAACAUCGGGUUUAGUGGGCUCUGGUUUGGACUCUUGUCGGCUCAAGUAGCCUGUGCCGUUUCCAUUCUCUAUGUUAUUUUGCUGAGGACUGAUUGGGAAGCUGAGGCCAUCAAGGCUAAGAAGCUAACAAACUUGGAGCUUAGUUCUUGCAAUGGAGGCACUCAAAAGAGUGAUGAAGAGAGUAAAAGUUUCUUGGAUAACGUUUUGUAGAUAUGUUAAAAGAGUAGUGCAAUGUGUACAAAUAAUAUGUACAAUUUUGUAUACAAAUAAUAAUAUGUCAUCAUGUGAUUGGAUACCUUUAAAAUUGAGAUAAAACAAAAUUCAAUCAUAUGAUAACAUGUUAUUAUUUGUGCACAAAAUUGUGUAUAAUAUUUGCGCACAUAAUUUUAUUGCUAUCAAAACUGCUAAACACAAGGCAUGUAGCAUUAUAAAGGGGGCCAAAAGUGAUUGUGGAAGAUAUGAAAUACUACUAAGUAGCUUCUUAUGGGUUUGUUGUUUA